AUGGGUGCUGUUAUUUGCUGUGGAGGACCAUCUGAUCUCGAUAAAAUUCUUCAUCACUAAAGGAUGGCGAUUGAAAGAAAGCAGCAGGCAAUAUAAGAUUUGAACGAGUUAAAGAUAAAACUUGAAUAGCAUAUAAAUAAUUGCAAAAUUGCUGCUUCAGCAGGAAAUAUUGCAUAAAUUGCUGGAACAUUAAUGCUAUUCUCUCCAUUGGCACCUAUUGGAGCAAUAACACUUGCUGCUGGAGCAGCAACUAACCUAGGAACUGACAUAACCUUAUCAAAAAUUGAAGGAAAUACAAUGAAAAAUGUCACUGACCUCCUUGAAAAUGACUCAGGCUAAACUGCUGAAUUUAUUGAUAUUUUGACAAAAAUAGGAGAAAAGAUAUAAGAAAAGGCAGAAAAAAAACUUAAGAAAAUGGCAAAAGAUAAAGUCCUGAAGCUUAUGGGCAAAGAUUCAAAAAUUCUCAAAUUAUACAAGUCUGCAAAAAAUUUAAAGAAAUUUACAAAAGCAUUUGAAAUGGCUUCAAAACUUCAAAAGGCUGCAAAGGUUGCUGGUACUGUUAAGACUGCUACAAGUGUAGCUAAAUCUCUUAAAGGAGGUUUGCUGAUUGGUAUUGGAUUAGGAAUAAACAUUUACGAGCUAGUAUCAACAUGGAAAUCUGACAAUGAAACUGUGAAAAAGCUAAACGACAUUAUUAAUGACUUAAAAGAGCAACUUAAUGAUUUGCAUUAGUUGCAGAAAGUUUCAGAGCAAGACGAUUGA